GUCAAAUUAAUUCCUCAAAAAAUAGUAAUUCAAUUAGAUUUUAAUAAAAUAGUAAUUUAGAAGGUGCGUCCGGGCAUCUGACUGGGCCAAACAUCUAGUUUUAUAUAUGAUGAAUAAUCAAAUUUACUCCCCUGUUUUUUUUAAUAGGAAAAGAUUACCGAUUUUAAUUUGGUUACUACCCUCUUCUUUCCUCGCCUUUCCGCAGUUCAGUUCCCUCAACAAUGGCGUACCAGCUCCCAGACGAUCUGAUCCGACAAGUCCAGCUGGCCACCAGAGCUGAAUCCGGGUUAUCCCAUUACGACCCGACCCAGAACCUCUCUCCCCUGCCUGCAAUCUCUGAAACAGUUGCAUCUUUCGACCCAUCACCGCCUUACCUACGCUGUAAAAACUGCAAAGGAAGGCUUCUCCGAGGGGUUCAGUCAGUUCUGUGUGUGUAUUGUGGCCGUCCCACUGAUAAUCUUCAUGACCCAAUUUGCUUUAAAGACUCUCUUGCUUAUGGCUGGUUGCUUGAGUCACUCCAGCUUGAUGGAUCAGAAAUUGUUGGACCACUCCUAGAGAGAGGUGGCUUGGACAGAGUGCAAAGUAGACCGGACGAGGGAACUCGUUUGUCUGAACUUUUGGACUUUAAAAUAUAUUGGCCGGAUGAUGAGCAGAAAAGAGAGUCUAAUUUAUCUACUGAAAAUCUUCAGGAGGUAUGCUUGCUUAAAUUUUCUGGGUUCAAUUUGGAUAACUUCUUGCAUGAAUCAAGAAGGUUAAAUGUUUCGAGCAAACCUGAAGCACACGAAGUAAAGAGCACUGAUGUUUCAACUCUGGAAACAAAAGCAGUUUCUUCUAAUAAUCUCAGUUUCUUUGAGAAUGUUUCGUCUUCUGAGUUAGCUGUUCCGUCUUCUGAAGACAAAGAUAAUCAUGGAUUUUCUGGAUGGGAAGCGGAUUUUCAGUCUGCUAACUCUGGAAAUCAGUUUGAUGGAUCUGAGUCCUUUGGCCUUGAUGUGAAUUCUGCGGUUGCGCCUAGAAAUGACGAGGAGAUAUCCGAACAGAUUGACCCUUUACGUGGUUCUCCAUUUGAUAUGUCAUCCCACCUGGACACUGUUUUUGGAUCAGCGAAAGACUCGAAAGAUGCAAACACGAGAUCUGAUUCAUUAACUUCUCCUUCAAUUGGUGAUUUCGAUUCUGAUGACAUGUGGAGUAACUUUAAUCCCAAGGCAUCACUGGAAAAUAAGGAGCCUGAUCCUACCAUCACUAUAAAGGAAGCUCUCCCACAAGAUAACAUGAGCAAUAUAGACAUUUCUGACCAACUAGAGUCCAUGUUUGCACCCAAGAAAGAGAAAGAUGGGAAAGAAGAUUCUGACUUAACUUCUGGACCCUCUGUCAGUGACUGGACUUCUGAUAACCUAUGGAAUAACAUAAGUUCCGAGACUCCUCAGCGAUCGGAGCUACCUGUUUCUACCUCUGGACUGACUAAUGCAGUUCAACUAGACAACAGAAACACUCCCUCGACAAGUUUAGAUUGGUUUCAGGCUGAUCAAUGGGAAAUAAACCCAAAUGAACCUGCAAAUAAUGCUCCCAGUAGAGAUGAUGCCUCGAUUGGUGAUUGGGAUGAAUUCACUAGCUCAAUCCCUGUUCAAGAUUUUUCUAAUAAUGCUCCAAAAGAUAAUUCUUUAACUGCUUCAGGAGGCGCUUCAGAUUUGUUCAACUCAGAUAAUAAUUUGGAAGAAAUGGAUUUUGGUAGCUUUUCACAAGCAGAUCCUUUUCAAAGCCCAUCCACCAAAGAAAAGGUUCCGACGGAAUUAAAUAACAUUGGCGUUGCUGAAUUUGACAGGGCCAUUAAUUGGAACAGUGACACCGAAGGAAGUUUGGUUCAAUCCAACGCCAAUGCAGGUGUGAACAGUGCGUCGACCCAAACCAGGGAAGAUGUCGAAAUGUUGUUGUCACAGAUGCAUGACCUGUCUUUCAUGCUGGAAGAUAAGCUUUCUAUCCCCCCAAAGUCUGAUGGUUUUGAUUCUUUUCCCACGAAGUGAAAUUUCCAUUUUUGCUUCCAUGAAUCUCAAGUAAUGAUGCCUUAUGUAUUCAUUGAUUGUACUGUACAUCUAGUUACUGAAAUACACAGUAUUUUCAGUGGGUUGUUUGUCAUAGGAAUCUAGAGUUUCAUGUAUCUUACGGCUUAUAUGGUUCUUUUAGUCCAGGCUGUAGCUUAGUGUAAAUUGUAAAAUUAUAGACUGAAUUUUGCAUCUUUUUUUUUUUUGGUUCUUUUUGAAGGUUUUGUAACCAUGAGAGUGUGUAACACUAAUAUUCUUCACGGUAUUUUAAAUUUCAAAAAUGUGUUUACUCAA